AUGCUUUCGACACUCGCCCCGGGGUCGAACCGCUACUUUUCAUCAAAAUGGCGCCUCCCCGCUUCGAAAUCCCUGCCUCCCCGCUUCGAAAUCCCUGCCGAGUUCCAGGACAAGGUUCGCUAUGUUGAACCUCUUGAUUCCCGGUCAGACGACGAAAUCCUCAAGGUUCUCGAAAGUCCCCCUCCGGUGACAUCAGAAAAGAACAUCUGGGCAUUUUGGCAUGCCGGGCUGCACCAGAUGCCCGCCUGGUGUCAGCGUAAUGUCAUUGACUGGUCCCGUAUCUGCGGUCCCUCAUGGACUAUCCGUGUGCUCGAUGUCGUCAGCGAUUCCCCGAGCAAUGCUAUGAACUGGGUUAAAGAAGAAGACCUUCCUAAAGCCUUCACAACCAACACAAUGGAUGGCCCUCUGGGAUACACUGGCCCUCAUAGCGCGGACUUCCUCCGAGGAAUAUGCCUCUAUCAGUACGGCGGUGUUUGGAUGGAUGUCGGCUCAAUUCUGUUCCGCUCGAUCGAUGACCUCUGCUGGAACAAGUUGGAGGACCCAAACACGCCAUAUCAAGUCUCAGCACCGUGGAUGUAUUCAAGGGGUGUGGCGAACCACUUCAUCGCUAGUCGGAAAGGCGAUCCCUUCAUCAAGCAUUGGCAUAAUCUCUUCAUGACUCUGUGGAAGGAUCGAACCAGUGCUGAGGGUCUCUACACGCACCCUCUGAUGGCCCAUGCUAAAGACAUUGACAUGGUGGAGUUUGACGCUAGAGGGUUCGCUUGGAAUUGGGAAAUCCCGAUACCACAGGUACUGGAGUAUGUCGCACAGAUUAUGUGCUGGAUGCGAAUCAGCGUCUUGCAGGAGCCAAACGGCGGCUUCGAUGGCGCGGAGUACUACGGCACCAAAGUGCUUCUCUUCGAUGCGCUGUGGGAGACUUGGCCUGCCGAGGCCUUGAUUGGAUGGAAUGGCGAAGAGCUGUUCGACCUCUUGAAUACGAAACUUGAUGCUGACCCCGAGUCUGAGGCUUACAAGAAGGCUUACAAGACGGUUUGGUAUUUGAUGACCUCUUCCACAAUGCAGAAGGUCACACGCGCAGGAGGCAUGACAUCCACAAAGGCACUCGGGGCCUUGUGGGACAUGAAGGAGAACGAAGAUAAGGAUCGUGAGACAGGAACAUUUGCAGAGCUCAUGCGCUACGGUAGUGUCCAUUUUCGACACAACCAAGAGCCGAAGUACGUUCCUGCUAAGGACCCAGGCAACAUAAUUCGUAAGCGUGUGUUGGAGCCGUGA